ACAGAGUGCGCGAGUAAAGUGUAUUUUUACUCCAGAAGAAGGGUUUUGCACUGGAACCAUGGCGACACGCUUGAAGGUACUUCAAACAUUUAAAGCUCUACAUAGAACACGGAUGGUUGUGUUUAAAGAUGAUGAACGGGCAUUGACAGCAGCCAGAUUAAAGAUCAAUGAAGAAUUUAAGAAAAACAAAAAUGAAACAUCAGAAGAAAAUAUACAAGAGAUGGUUAAGAUGAGCAGAGCUGUCGAAACCAUCCUGCGGGAAAAUGUCCUCCAAGCGGAGCAUGUUGGAGAAAACAAGCUUGUUCUACGACCCAGAGAUAGUCUUCUUCUAGAAAAUGUACCUUUCUGUGAGACACCUAGAAAAAAAACAUAGCCUCCAUAGAUUUACAGCCCUUUUUUUUGCCAUGUUGUGUAUAAAUCAUCUAAUAACAUGCCUAAUCGUAUAAUGACUGUUAGAACACAGAGGACAGCUUCCAUGGAUCCUGAGGAAUUUACGGCUGUAAUAUAAAAAUGUUAAAAUUCUAAUGUGUUUUUAAAUUAUUAUUUUUAUUGUUGUAAGAUAAAAAAAUUAAUAAAAGUUCCAUGACUAAA